CCCAAGCUCGUCAUAUUUGCACUCUCGUCUUUCGCCAGUGAUGCACUAUCCCGUGCCUUUCCCUGUACGAGGCAUGUGUUCACCACUCCACACCACUCCUGCUUCGUCGCAUGAAUUUUCCGCGCCGACGACUCUUCCCAGCUGAACAGGCUACUGUAGGAUUGGUGUUUGUCCGGCCCACCGCAGCCGCCCGUCAGCUGUGCCCCCUGCUCCAGAAGGCAGUCCCCGACAUGACCUCCUCCUCCUCGGAUUCUGCCGAAAUUCGCUAAAUGGGAGUUGUGGCUGGCCCGAGGUUUCCACAGCAACUGGCCAACCGGUUCCAUUAGUUCUCUAAUGAGGGCAGCGAUAAGGAUUUGACACGGUUCCUCGCUGCGCGUCUCUGAUUUUUGAGCUGAAUCUCAAGACGCGUCAAAGGUCUGCACAUGGGGGCGGGCAAGAGCAAGCCCAAGGAGCCAGGCCAGCGCUCCAUGAGCCUGGAUGGCACCAUCGGCACCGGCUCAGACAGCGGGCACCUCCACCAUCUGGGCACCACCCAGCAGACCCAAACCCCCAACAGGAGCCCAGCCGUUGGUACAGGCAGACGGGGGCAUCAAGGGCAGCACCAGCAUGCCCCAACAAACACGCCUGAGCUGGCUCUUUUUGGAGGGGUGGACCACACAGGCACCCUCACCUCGCCUCAGAGAGGACCACUGUCAGGAGGUGUCACCACAUUUGUGGCACUGUAUGAUUAUGAGUCACGGACAGCAUCUGAUCUGACCUUUAGGAAAGGCGACAGGCUGCAGAUUGUCAACAACACGAAAAAGUACAGCUUCAGAGAAGGGGACUGGUGGCUCGCUCGCUCCCUGACGACAGGAGAGAGCGGUUAUAUCCCCAGCAACUAUGUGGCUCCAUCCGACUCCAUCCAAGCAGAAGAGUGGUAUUUUGGGAAGAUCACUCGGCGUGACUCAGAGAGGCUUCUUUUGAACCUACAGAACAGACGAGGAACCUUCCUGGUGAGGGAGAGCGAGACCACUAAAGGGGCAUAUUGCCUGUCAGUGUUGGAUUAUGACAAUACCAAAGGCCUGAAUGUUAAACAUUACAAGAUCAGGAAGCUGGAUAGCGGAGGUUUCUACAUCACGUCCCGCACCCAGUUCACCAGCCUACAGCAGUUAGUCUUCCACUACCGCAAGCACUCUGAUGGGCUCUGCCACGCUCUGACGGAUGUGUGUCCUGUGGCCAAACCUCAGACCCAGGGACUGGCCAGGGACGCCUGGGAGAUCCCCCGAGAGUCCCUCCGCCUCGACCUUAAACUGGGACAGGGCUGCUUUGGAGAAGUCUGGAUGGGAACGUGGAACGGCACAACACGUGUCGCCAUCAAGACCCUAAAGCCUGGCACAAUGUCUCCAGAGGCCUUUCUUCAGGAAGCGCAGGUCAUGAAGAAGUUGAGGCACGAGAAGCUGGUCCAGCUGUAUGCUGUGGUGUCUGAAGAACCCAUCUAUAUUGUGACUGAGUAUAUGAGCCAAGGUAGCUUGCUGGACUUUCUUAAAGGGGAAGCAGGAAAGAUGCUUCGUCUGCCUCAGCUCGUAGACAUGGCCGCUCAGAUUGCAGCAGGCAUGGCCUAUGUGGAGAGGAUGAACUACGUGCACAGAGACCUGCGUGCUGCCAACAUCUUGGUAGGAGACAACCUGGUGUGUAAAGUGGCUGACUUUGGUCUGGCAAGACUCAUUGAAGACAAUGAGUACACUGCAAGACAGGGAGCCAAGUUCCCAAUCAAAUGGACAGCACCGGAGGCAGCUCUGUACGGUCGUUUCACCAUCAAGUCGGAUGUGUGGUCCUUUGGUGUGCUGCUCACAGAGCUAGCAACUAAAGGCAGAGUCCCCUAUCCAGGUAUGGUUAACCGUGAGGUACUCGACCAGGUGGAGCGUGGCUACAGGAUGCCCUGCCCGGCUGAAUGCCCCAGCUCCUUACACGAGCUCAUGCUCUCCUGCUGGAGGAAGGAUCCAGAAGAGAGGCCUACGUUUGAGUACCUGCAGGGCUUCCUAGAGGACUACUUUACCUCCACAGAACCCCAGUAUCAGCCUGGGGAGAACCUAUAGAACCACAAACUGAACCGAACCUGAGAGCGGGGGGCAGGGAACCUCAACACAGAAUGACCUGCACUAACCAACCUCAGAGGAACGCCUGUGAGAGUCUGAGCCUGUAAAACCCAUGUGGGAGGAACUUGAGAUUCUUCUGUGGAAACAAAACUGAAAUAGCAACCUGCAGAAGUCCCCUCAGUGCCAUAAAGGAACUGCCUCAAACGAACCUGGAGAACCUCCUCUCUGCAAGCACUCUCUGUUUACUUUAGGUUCUCCUGUAGAAAUGGGGUUCAAAGGUGUAAGCAGAGAGCUCCUGCUGGACCGACUCUGGCUACGAUCUGACUGAGGGACUACACUCGGGUUAAUAUACCUGAUGUGGGAGGAAGUCUACAGAUGGUGUGAGAGGGAAGAGGAGAAACCUCCUGUUGAAGAGAGAAGGUCAAGGGAGGGUAAUUCAAUCAGGCAUGAGCUGUUUGGCAAAACCUCCCUCUUCUGUCGUGUCUCUUUACCCUCGUCUGGUACCUUUUCCUCCCACAGAAGAGCACCGCUGCUGUGGCUCAGGUGCCAAAGGAAAGUUUGUCUCUUAAAAUGUUCUUUAUUUUCUUCCCUCUUUUUGGCUAUUUCUGACUUUCAGUAUCUCUUUCUAGUUUUCUCAAGUGCUGCUUCUUCAAAGUGUCUCCAAAUAACUCAGCUCUGGAACUCUACUUUGCAUCUAUAUUUAUGUUUGUGGACAAUAUGUGUCCUGUAGUUUAAGGUUUUUUUCAGUGGCAGACAAAAGUUCCUGGUUUUUCUUUCUUUUUUUUUGUGAUUAUCAAUAGGCAAGGUUGCUAGAACCACUAUCAUGGUAGUGCCAGGGUAAACUUCAGGCAGGGCCUGUAACUCUGAAAAUUAGGUCAUUUCAAUUAAACAAUGAGGGCUGUAUCUUGUUUAUCCCUUCCUUUUCUAGUUGUAUGUCUUGACAUAUGCUGAAUGGCCAUUGUGGCGUGCUGGAUCCAACUACGAUGAUUUAAAAACAAUUCAGGUAGUGUUUGAAUCAUUGUGGCUUUGAGUUACCUUGAUGUAACUGGAAAGUUGCAUUGAAAAUGAAUCAGCACUGUUGUGGCAGCACUAAAGAGCAGUUUUAAUAGCUGUCAGCUGAAGUUCCUCAAAGACACGAACGGGGAGACAUUCAUCACACAUGUAUGUGACCUACUAAGAGGUUGAUAUGGCUACCAAACCAGUCACAUUACUGUUUAAAAUCCAACUUGGCUCAGGAUGAGAAAACGCUGAGAGUAGACGUGGACUGUGUUCUGUGCCAAACUAAUCACAUUUCUUUACUGCUGUGCAUGUAUAUAAUGUUUUAUUAUCAAGGGACUUUCCUGAGGUUUUAGUUCUUAAACAGACAGUUGUUUACAUAAAAUUCCCAGUAAAACUUUCCCCAGUAAGCGCCAUGUUAGUGCGUAGACAGGGCGGACACAUCUGUAACUUGCUGAAGGUUUUAAAGGGUUUUUAUUCACCUAAGACAUUUGUGAGGUGAAUAAAAAGGUGAGGUGAAUUUGUGUGGCCAUAAAAAAUAUGUAUCCAGGUAGCCCUAAUGAAACUGUAAUACUUGAUCAGGUGAAACUAUGUUUAUGACUAAUUCUAAGACUUGGUUUUGAAACCAGUUAGCAUGCUUUUGUGCCGUUCUUCUCUUGACCAUUGGCUGAGUAUGUAUUUAUGCUGUACUGUACAUCAACAUGUGUAUGUUUACUUUACUCGAGGUUCAGGUGAGGUGAAGGGAUCAGUAACAGACUUCUGAACAUUUGUGCCAUUAGUCAAAAAUUAUUUUUUAACAUCGUUAUCCACUGCUGCCAAUUCUCACUGCGAUACUGUACAUACCGUAGCUCUUUAAGGUUGCUUUUGUAUCAUGCUCGCCACUUUUAAAUGGGAGAUAUUUAUGUUCAGUGGUUUGGUUCAUGACAUAGUUGAUACAGAAACAGUAGAAAUAACUGAUUGUUGCCAAGAAACACUAUGAAACGUCAUCAAAAUUUGAGCCAUGCAGCAAUAAGAGAGAUGCUAACUAACACCAUGAAAUUAUUAUCCAGUGAUGAGGAAUGAUGAUGGUGAGUUUAACCAAUAAUAGAAUGAAAAAUGAGUUUGUUGUUUUAUGAUAUGAAAAUUGAGGUAAAAGAUGUACAUAUCUUUUUUUUCAGUUUUCCUUUGACGCCAUCUCUGUGCUGAGGUUUUUACCAUGACACACAUCUGCUCCCAAAAUGUUUUAAUAAUAAAAUGCUACUGUAAAUGGGGUUUAAAGAAUGUUUAGUUUUUUAAAAAUAUUGGUCUUAAUAUAAAAUCAGAUAUUGUUUGAAAUGUUUAUACAUCUGCAACAGACAAUUCGGUUUGACAUACAGUAUGUACAUUUCCAGGAACAUAUUCAUGAUCAGUGUUUUCCUCUUUUAAAAUGGGAAGUGCCCUGUUUGUUCCGAUGCACUGAACCACCUGGAAGUCGAUCUACUCAUGACAAGGUUGAGUAAUGACAAGGUCUGAUUGGAUUUUCUGUUCUAUAUUAAAGAAGCGCCUUGGUCUUGUUUUUUUGUUUUAAUAAAUCUA